CUCCUCUGUUCCUUCCUUCGGCAUUCCACCUCGAUAAUAAGUCCAAGGUUUUCUUCAUCUCCGUCGUCUCUUGGAGCAGGACGCUAUGGAUAGGGACACCGACUUCAUCCCUUCCUCUCCUUCCGUCUCCUCCCUUUCCUCCUCCGAUCUCGACACCGAGUCGACCGGUUCCUUCUUCCCCGACCGGAGCACCACCCUCGGCACCCUAAUGGGGGUCUCCUUCCCCUCCUCCAGCUCCGCUCGUCUCCCGUCUCGCCGCGAGCACGCCACCGGAGGCGCCGCCGCGCGGAGUCCGAAGCCGAUGGCGGCGGAUCGGAGACGCCGGCACGGGCGUAGGGGCAGCUGGUGGCGGCUGUGCCGCGACGAGAUGUCUUGUACGAUCUCUCUGGGGGAGUUCCUGCAGGUGGAGCGGCGGAUGGCGGGCGUCGACGUGGCGGACGGGCACUACGUCUUCGGCGGCCCCGCAGCCUCCGCCGCCGCUGAGCACGAGGCGGUGGGCGGUGGGCCACUGUUUGCCAACGGGAGGGUUCUUCCGCCAGCGCCGCCCGCUGCGCCGCAGAGGCGGACGGAGUCGAUGGGGCGGCUGCCGUCGCUGCUCAUUCCCGGCAUCUGUAGCGGCGGCGAGGGGUAACGUUGUCAUUUCGCACCAUGCCCUCCAAGUUGGACAAGAAAAAAGAAUUUAAAAAUUAAUAAUUUUGAUUUCAAGUUUUUUUAUUUCUCUUAUUCUUGACUUUUGCUUUUUUUUUUCCUUCUUUUCUUUUAACACUUUUUUCAUGGUGUGACUCGAGAACACGAAGUAUGGUGUCAGUGGAUUGGAUCAAUAUGUAGCACUAAUUUGGAAUUAUUGUAUAAAAAUAGACAAAUAUUUGGUAUUUUAUUUAUAAUGUUUG